AUGAAUCUCAAGAUGGUGAUGGAGGAGAUGACGGGAAGAUAUCUCUUUUGCGCAAGUCAGAGGAUGUACAAGAGACGAUUCAUGAAGUGA